AUGUCUACGUCGAAAUUCUCGGAUGAAUUUGUGUUUGUGAUAUCAACGGAACGUUUAUUUACGGGAAGUGAUGCCGCGCAUAGUGGAAUGGAGGAGGGUCGGGGGCUUAGCGAAACACAAUUCUACACCAAAAGUCAUCUAUUUCAAAAACUUUUACAAAUUCGAUAA